UCAUGUUGUGAUGAAAUCUUCCAUUUGGGUCGGCGACUUCAGUUGUGCAAGACCGAGGUGAUAUACCACAAUGAUCGGAAGACUGGCUGCUGUGAUUCUUCUCAGUACUUUGUCUCAAACCAUAAAGAUGCCUCAACCGAUCUCUGUGAUUGUGGUUAAACCGGGUGACAGUGUGACUCUGGCAUGUUUGUUUACCAAGGACAAAGCUGGAUUGUUGAACUGGUACAAGAUGAAGUUUGGAUUCAUGGUCCAAACAGUUGCAGCAGGAAGUUUUGACAAAAUUAUCCCAGUAGAGGAAUUUGACAACUCAAGAUUUACCAUCACCAAGGAGGGUUAUCUGAACUUUCUCAUCAUCAGAAAUGUAAGCAAAGAAGAUGAAGCAACGUACUUCUGUCAAGUGGGAACUCCAUACACAUUGAAAAUGACGAACGGUACAAUCGUAGCGGUGAAUGAUCAUAAAAACCAGCAGAACUCGGUCUAUGUGAAACAAAGACCGGAGAUGCAGUCGGUCCAGGCGGGCGGCUCAGUGAAGCUCCAGUGUUCACUUCUCUCCAAGUCCAAAGAAAACAGAGAGCAGUGUCCAGGUGAACACAGUGUGUACUGGUUCAGAGCUGCAGAUGGAGAAUCCCAUCCAGCUGUUAUUUACACUCAAAGCCACAGAAGUGAAGAAGAAGAAGAGAAGAGAAGCUGUGUCUACAAUCUGUCCAAAACCAUACACAACUCGUCUGACGCCGGGACGUACUACUGCGCUGUGCUCACAUGUGGACAAAUCCUGUUUGGUGAAGGAACUACAGUGAAGACAAAAAUUCCUGAACAAGAGUGGGACCCUGUAGUCAUUGUCCUUGUGACUCUAUUGGCUCUCUGCGUGAUCGUGAUCCUCGUCCUCGUUUUCUCAAAAAGCUGAAGGAUGGUUACCCAGAGGCACUGCUGGAUUUCUCCCCUUGAUGGAAGUCAAAUAGAAGAAGAAACACAACGAAGACAACAGCAGAACAUUUUCAGCACCAUGACAAUGUCUCCGAGCGACGCAGAGAAAUCUGUGAAGCCAAAGAAGCAUCGUCCAGCCUUUUACUCGUGUUUGAUAACGCUGCUCUGUUGAAAUGAUAGAUAAAAGGUUUUAUGUUCAUGAUUCACUGAAUGCAUUUUAAAACAUUCCUCAGAUUGAAAUAAAAAAUGUGUUGGAUGUGUCAGAUCUUAGAGAAAAUUUAAAAUGUCAGUAGCGCUGCAGCUAACAAAUAUUUGUUUGCAAUAUUUUUUGCAAUUUGCCAUAAUCUUGCAACACAACGAAUCAGUAAUCAAAUUCGUCGCCAACACUUUUAUCGAUCGGUUGUUGCAGCUCUAGUCUUGUCUGCUUU